AAAAGGACAAAAACAAGAAGACGAAGGAGAAUGCUUGAUGAUGAGGGAGAUGAAGAAGCUCAACCUGUGGACUCUUCAACCAAUCAGGAACCCCAGGCCUCUACUGCUCCUGAUGACACAAUGAACCAACCAGUACCUAGCCCUAUGUCUUUCCCAGAAGAUCAGGAAGAGGGACCAAGCUCUUCAUCUCCAACCGCAGACCAGAAACCAACUAAAGAACAGGUGGAACUGCUGCUGCUGGCAUUAAAACUCAAACACGGACUGACAAACAAAGCCUUGGAGGACAUUCUGCAGCUCAUCAACUUCAGUAGUGGGCCUGAUGGGCUGUCAGUGAGUGGUUCUAAGUACCUGUUCUUCAAAUCAUUCGAAUCAGUGAAAGACUUACUAGAGAUACACUAUGUCUGCAAGACGUGCAACGUAAGGAUGCAGGAAGGUCCCUUCAAUGUCAAAUGCCCAGUUUGUGACCAGAACAUAUCAAAAGCACAUGCACAGAAAGAUCAGUGUUUUUUGUACCUGCCGCUAAAAGCUCAAAUCCAAAAACUGCUUGAGGACCACCAAUUAGGGAAACACUUAAAACACAGAUUUGAGAGGAUUGGUGACUCCAUCAAAGAUAUAUACGAUGGAAAUCUGUACAAAAAACUACCAUUGCUUGCCUCACAAGAUAACAUAUCACUGGCUUUCAAUGUUGAUGGAGUGCCAGUGCACAAAUCAAACCCAACAAGUUUGUGGCCAAUUCUAUGCACUAUUAAUGAACUGCCAAUAGAACUACGGGGAAAACACCUUAUGCUGAGUGGCCUGUGGUUUGGUCCAAACAAACCGAAUAUGAACACCUAUCUGAAACCAUUUGUUGAUGAAUGCAAAGAUUUGUAUUCUAAUGGUCUUACAUGGCAAAGUGACAGUGGUGAAGUCACAAGCAAAGUAGUAGUCACUAUCAUGGUGGCAGAUUCAGUUGCUCGUCCAAUGCUUCAGAAUUUCAAACAGUUUAAUGGAGAGUUUGGGUGCUCUUUCUGUACACAGAAAGGCACAAGUGUUUUAAAACGGAGGGGGCAUGUAAGGGCUUAUCCUUAUGAAAACGUUGAGUUAAGAACUCCUUCCCAAACUGACAAUCAGGUAGAACAGGCUAUUGCGAGUGGAAACCCCUCAUUGGGAGUGAAAGGGCCUAGCAUUCUGUGUAAUCUGCCUGAUUUUAAUAUUAUCGAUGGCUGUGUUCCUGAUUAUAUGCACAGUGUGCUUCUGGGUGUAGUUAGAAGCAUCGCCACACUGUGGUUAAAUCCUGAAAACAACCAAUCUCCAUGGUAUAUUGGACGCUCAAUUGAACAAAUUGAUGCCAUUUUGACUUCCAUCAAACCCCCAUGUAAUAUUUCUCGUGUCCCCCGCUCAAUGAAAGACAGAAAGUUCUGGAAGGCACAUGAGUGGUACAUGUGGAUGUUAUAUUACAGCAUACCAACAUUGAAAGGGAUCUUACCUGAGAGCUACUUAAAGCAUUGGUUUAAGUUGGUAAUGGGGGUCUCUAUUCUACUUGGCGAGAAUAUAGCCCCACUGCAGAUAUCCGAAUCUGAGAAGUGGCUGACAGAGUUUGUGCAAGAAAUGGCAAGCCUUUACGGCACAAAUAAUGUCACUUUCAAUGUACAUUUGUGCCUUCAUCUACCAAAUACUGUAAAGAACUGGGGACCCCUCUGGGCACAGUCUGCAUUUGUCUUUGAGUCCUACAACGGGGUCCUUCUGGAUAUGGUAAAGAGUAGUCAGGGGGAACCAUAA